AUGUCAGCUCGAGUCAACCGUCAUGUGAAUAACCCGCAGAUUCAAUCUGCGGCCCUCCGGAAUCCUUUACCCGUUCAAUUCCGCGUCUACGUUUGGCCCUUUACGAUAGUAUGGCCGGUUUUUCUUGCCUUCUACCUUUCCCCUGAACGAUAUGAGACAUAUAUCCAGGCCCCCGAGUGGGCUGCCUUGUGGACCGGAUCUAUUGCUACCGUGCAAGCUCUAUUAUGGCUGAUGACGAAAUGGAAUAUUAAUAUUGACGCUCUCUUCACAACUAUAUCAGCUCAAUCUGUUGCCGAUGCACAGCUUAUCAAAAUCAUCCCUGCCGCAAACGCUGGUUCCGCAGAGAUUUGCAGGCUGGUAAAGGAUCAAGUUGGAGGAACCGAAGUCGUUUCAUUUCUGUUCCAAAAAAGACGCUUCCGCUACAAUCCUGAAAAGGGGUGCUUUACCCCACUACAGUAUGUUCUCGACGCUCAGCCAAAGCCAACUCUCGGAUAUUUCCAGGAAUCCCGUGGUCUCACAUCAACUACUCAAAUUGAGAGCGUCCAACAACAUUAUGGAGAUAACACCUUCGACAUUCCUGUGCCUACCUUUGUAGAACUCUUCAAGGAACAUGCAGUCGCUCCAUUUUUUGUUUUCCAGGUGUUUUGUGUUGGUCUCUGGCUUCUGGAUGAAUACUGGUACUAUUCGCUAUUCACAUUGGUUAUGUUGGUGAUCUUUGAAAGUACCGUGGUAUGGCAGAGACAGAGAACUCUAACGGAAUUCCGAGGCAUGAGUAUUAAGCCAUACGACGUCUGGGUCUUCAGAGAUAACCAAUGGGUGGAAGUCAGUAGUGAGAAACUUCUUCCAGGUGACCUAGUGUCAGUGAACCGGACCAAAGAUGACAGUGGAGUUCCGUGCGAUAUACUACUCGUAUGGGGGAGUGCCAUUGUCAACGAAGCCAUGCUUUCCGGAGAAAGUACCCCUUUACUCAAGGAUUCCAUCCAGUUAAGGCCGGCGAAUGACCGGAUUGAACCGGAAGGCCUCGAUAAGAAUUCAUUCUUAUAUGGUGGUACCAAAGUCUUGCAAAUUACCCAUCCGAAUUCACAAGCUGGAUCAGACAGUGCUUAUAAACCUUUAAACGGCGCCCCUACUGCCCCUGAUAAUGGUGCUCUUGGAAUAGUCAUUCGCACUGGAUUCGAAACUAGCCAGGGUAGUCUUGUGCGAACAAUGAUUUAUUCCACGGAGCCUGUCUCCGCAAACAAUGUGGAAGCAUUCAUGUUUAUUCUCUUCUUGUUGAUAUUUGCCAUUGCAGCCUCCUGGUAUGUUUGGGUGGAAGGCGUUGCUCAAGACCGAAAACGAUCCAAGCUGCUACUCGACUGUGUUUUGAUCAUUACCAGUGUCGUACCCCCUGAGCUUCCAAUGGAGUUGAGUCUUGCGGUCAAUACUAGUCUUGCAGCUCUCAGCAAGUUUGCAAUCUUUUGUACCGAACCGUUCAGAAUUCCAUAUGCGGGACGGGUUGAUAUUGCCUGCUUCGAUAAGACCGGAACCCUGACUGGAGAGGAUCUUGUUGUGGAGGGAAUUGCAGGCUUAACCCUUGGCCAGGCAGGGGCUCCUACAGAUAAAUAUGGCGCACAUACAACCGUCACCAAAGUUACUGAUGUUCAUGAUAAUACCACCCUAGUUCUUGCCACUGCACAUGCAUUAGUCAAAUUAGAUGAAGGCGAAAUUGUUGGUGACCCAAUGGAGAAGGCAACUCUCACUUCGCUCGGAUGGACCCUUGGCCAAAAUGACACCUUGACUAGCAAAGCAGGGUCUGCUGGGAGGGCGGGAGACAAUUUCCUCGAAUCCGUCAACAUUAAACGACGGUUCCAGUUCUCAUCUGCAUUGAAACGCCAAAGUACGGUGGCAAUUGUCAAUACUUUCGACAAACGUUCAUCUAAACGAUCUAAAGCUACCUUUGUUGGUGUCAAGGGGGCCCCAGAAACCAUCAGUACCAUGCUUGUGUCCACUCCUCCAUACUAUGAAGAAACCUUUAAACACUUCACUCGCAACGGUGCAAGGGUUCUUGCGUUAGCGUACAAAGUCCUCUCAGAUACAGAACUAGGACAGGGACGUAUCAACAGCCUGAAACGCGAAGACGUCGAGGCAGAACUGCACUUCGCCGGAUUCCUUGUGCUCCAAUGCCCACUAAAAGAUGAUGCGAUUAAAGCCGUCCGAAUGCUUAACGAGAGUAGUCACAGGGUUGUGAUGAUUACCGGAGAUAACCCUCUGACUGCUGUCCACGUAGCAAAGAAAGUGGAAAUUAUUGACCGGGAGGUCCUUAUUCUCGAUGCCCCCGAACACGAUACCAGUGGCACGAAGGUCGUAUGGCGAAGUGUUGACGAUAAAUUCAGCGUUGAAGUUGACCCUACUAAACCAAUUGAUCCCUCCAUCCUUGCUGAGAAGGACCUCUGCGUUACUGGAUACGCACUAGGAAAGUUCAGAGACCAACCGGCUCUUCUUGAUUUGAUCCGAUACACUUGGGUAUAUUCUCGAGUGUCUCCUAAACAAAAGGAAGAGAUUUUGCUCGCCAUGAAUGAAGCUGGAUACACUACUCUGAUGUGUGGUGAUGGAACCAACGAUGUCGGAGCCCUUAAGCAGGCCCAUAUCGGUGUCGCUCUGCUCAAUGGAACUCAAGAAGAUCUUAAUAAAAUAUCGGAGCACUUCAGAAAUACAAAGAUGAAGGAGAUUUACGAAAAGCAGGUAGCGCUCAUGCAAAGGUUCAAUCAGCCAGCACCCCCCAUUCCAGUCCAUAUUGCCCACUUGUACCCCCCGGGACCAAAUAAUCCUCACUAUGAAACGGCCAUGCUGCGCGAAGCCCAAAAGAAAAUUACCACUGGAGCACCGCCUUCAGAAGCGAACGGCACGCCAACCACUGUUUCCCCUGGGGCUCAAGCACUGCAACAAUCAGAUGAUAGCAACCUGACCCCCCAGCAGCGUAAACAAAAGCAAGCAACUCUUGCCGCUUCUUCUCUAGCCGACAGGCUAAGCUCAUCCAUGAUGGAAGGAUUGGAUGAAGAUGAGCCGCCAACUUUAAAACUUGGUGAUGCAUCUGUUGCCGCUCCAUUCACAAGUAAACUAGCAAAUGUCAUUGCUAUCCCGAACAUUAUCCGACAGGGGCGUUGCACUCUCGUUGCCACCAUCCAGAUGUAUAAAAUUCUCGCUUUGAAUUGUCUGAUCAGCGCCUAUAGUCUGAGUGUGAUUUAUCUCGACGGUAUUAAAUUUGGAGAUGGACAGGUCACGAUCAGUGGAAUGCUGAUGAGCGUCUGUUUCUUCUCCAUCUCUCGCGCGAAGGCUGUUGAAGGACUAUCAAAAGAGCGGCCACAGCCGAAUAUCUUCAACAUCUACAUCAUGGGAUCAAUUCUAGGCCAGUUUGCGAUUCAUAUUGUUACACUAGUUUACAUUUCACAAUAUGUAUACUCCAUUGAGCCAUGCUCCAGACGCAAGGAUAAGAUUGAUCUAGAAGGCGAAUUCGAGCCGUCUCUUCUUAACAGCGCUGUUUACUUGCUACAACUUAUUCAGCAAAUUUCUACAUUUUCAAUCAACUACCAGGGCCGACCUUUCCGAGAGUCCAUCCGUGAAAACCGCGCUAUGUAUUGGGGUCUUGUAUUAACAUCCGGUGUAGCACUCUCUUGCGCGACCGAAUUUAUCCCAGAACUCAACACGAAGCUCAGAUUGGUUCCAUUCGAGGCCGGUUUUAGAGCCAGACUUACAUUGACCAUGAUCUUAGACUAUGUCGGUUGUUGGCUUGUGGAGAAUCUCCUGAAAAGCAACUUCAGUGAUUAUAAACCAAAGGCUAUUGCUGUAAGGAGACCCGACCAGCUUGCCGCCGAAGAAAAGAGGAAAAUGCAAGAAGAGGAGAAGGAAAAGCAAAAGGAAGCCGAAAAGAGCACAUAG